GUCUGUAUCUCCCCUCCCCUCAUCCCUCCUGGUAAUAGAUGGCCUCAUCACUGCGGGUUUGAGCUCACCUUUAAACAGCCAGACAGGACUGGGGUUUGUCUCUGGCCAAGCGCUGGAGUGGAACAAUAGGAGUGGGUGACAUUGCCUAUGCGUCUGUGUGAAACACACGUAUAAGCACGUGGUGGUGUUGGGGCCUGCCAGGCAGCAGAGGGAGGAUACAAGACAUUCAGGAGAGGUGAACUAAAAAUCGACCCGACAGCAAAACUGCCCGAGCAUGAAGGGAGCCCUGACAACUGUCCAUUGUUCACCACAGUCUAAGCCUGCCCCCUGCCAAGCUGCUGGAUUGAGUCUCAACUGUAGGAACAUCAGCAACAUGGCAGAGAGCGGGAUAGCAAUGCGGCCAGGCUGCAGAUAUCAUCCAUCUCCCUGUCACUGGCCCAAAGGCUGCUGGGAAAGUGGCAGACAGCUCCCUGGCUCUGACAGCAAAGGCAGCAUCCUCAUUUUCUGACACAGAAUGCUUGAGAAACCUGGGCUGCUCCUCCCUCACUACCCAAUAUGGGAAACCAUUAACCCGCGAUCCAGGAACAAAGCAUGGAGCUCAGCUUGGCCUACCACUGGCUGCAAGUCAUAUCAGCUCCCGUCAUCUACCAGCCAUUAAAUCCACCACAGACUCAAUGAAUUUAGUGAUGCCAUCAGUGACAUUGAUGGUGUCCUCCUGGAAGGUUCUCCAGACUCUGGAUGGCUCCAUCUCUGGAGUUACUGGGGGAUGCAUCAUAGUCUGUCCAUACAUCCUGACCCCAACAAGAUGGCUGCAUGGUCACCCCUUCCAAAAUACAGGCAACGCCGCUCUGCAGCCACCUCUGAAGAGCAUGUGGCAGUGAUCCAGAGCUGGAACAAGACAGCUCCUCACUUUCCCACUGUCAAACCAGUGUGUAUUUAUUAUGAAGCGUACACCUCCUCCCUUUCUCUCCUUUCCUUUGUCAAAUGCUGAGCUCAGCUCAGCCAAUCUGUUCUCUCUCUCCCUCAACAUUUACUGAUGUUGAAAAUUUUGAGCUGGCUAUAUGGCACAAGUUGGUGGGAGGAGAGUUUAUAGACUGGUGAGUUGAUUUCCUCAUCCUGGUAUGUGACUCACAGGUACACACCCCCACUGAAGUAGCCCAAAUUUAGCAGAGUUGAUGGAGAAGUGUCUGGAAACAUCUGCGUCUAUGUCAAAUAAUAAUAAUAAUAAUAAUAAUAAUUAUGCAGUGCAUUAUUAGGGUGCGGGCAGCUAAGCUGCCAGGACACUAUUGUAAUCCUAGGUAUUCUUCUUCUUUCUUCUUUCUUCUUCCAAGGAAAUCAUACUUCCCAUGGGUGAAAACCCUGGCUGCUGCGGCAGCAGCCUUGUACAUGGGGCACCUGCUCUACCACUAAGCCACCGGCACCCCAGAAACUUUUGUACAUUCAAACCUGUUAAAAAUUAUGAAGUUCAUCACUGUUUUUUUCAAAAACUGUAAAACUUCUUAAACCUAUCUCCUCCCACAAUUUUUUUGCUCAAUUGACACCAAACUUGCUACAGAGCAUCUUCAGACUGUCCUACAAAAACUACGUUUCUCAGAUUUUUGAUGUAUCAAAAAUUGAGCCCACAGUGCAUCAAAAUGUUUGACUGUCAACGGUACUGUAAACAUAUAUAUGCAAAUUCUUGCUACAUAAAUCUUCAAUGUUCAUGAAAAAAUGACAAAAUUCUAGAGUCAUGGUAGGUGAUGUGUGGCAAAUUUCAGAAUUUUAUCUCAAAAACUGAAUUUUUGACAGCAUUUUGAAUUUUGCUCUAAUGUGAACAAUUAGAGUUAAUGUAAAAAUGGCAAUUUUAAACAUCAGUUUUUCACUUAUGGAGCAAAUCAAUCAUUGUUACUAACAAAUUACCAACAUCUCCAUGCUGUCUAGAUGCAAUAAAUGUAUUUUCAGAUUUUUGUAACGAUAACUGAUUUUUUUUUACAGUGGUGUGAAAUCUGCUUUUCCAUGCAUGGACGGCUGCUAAACCUGCACAUCUGGCUAAGUCAAUUUGUGAAGCUAUACAUUAAUUGUCACUGACUAAUUAGCUCAAUGAGCUAGAAAUUGAUCCUUAGUCUCAGAGGUUGUGAAUUCAAGCCUCAGCUGAUGCAAAAGGCAGAUUGUGUUGCUAAAUGUCUUCCAAUUCUUCUGCUUGUUGCUCAGAAUUGCCUAAAAAUGCCCGGACCCGACCCAUCGCUGCGCAGCAACUAUAAUUUCAUUUAUUUCCCGGUUGACCUCUCCUGCUCGACCACUGACAUAACAUGAUGGGCCAAUCCACUUGACGGAAUGGGGGAAGUGCCGACAGCCAGUGACACUGCACCUACUUUACCGUAUAGGUAGUCUACUGAAAAUUUUGGGAUCAUGUAACUCAUAAUCAUGUACUGUUCCAACAUGAAGUGGGCCUUAGCCAGCAGGUCUUUCUUUUUUUUUUUUCUACAACUUUUUUCAUAGCCCUGCCCAUCUGGCAUUUGCCAGAAUUGUCUGAUGGCCACUCUGAGCCUGGAGGCUACAGUACAAAGAAGAUCUUUAUUUGGACGAGAUGUAAACACGAGCCGGUAAAAUUUCAACUUGUUGCUGUUUGCUCAUGUAAACAGUCGCAUACAUCAAACGUCAUCAGAGCGACGGGUUACCAUGGAUACUUGUCAACAAAUCUGGGCUAUGCUGUGAUAAGAAACUGCAGAUUCGUUACGGUGAUGUAGUCCACUGUUUUUCUUUUCUUCAAUUGUUCUUCUUUUUCUUUUCCUUUUUUUUUUCUUUUUGCUUUUCCUUCUCAUUCUAAGUGACUUCAAAUUAUGCAGGUAGGGUAUGGCUGAUACAUAUCUUUUUUUUCUUGCUUGCUUUCUUCCUUAAUUUUUCCUUUUCUUUUUUUUGUUCUGUCUGUUUGUUUGUUCGUCUUCUUGUUUGUUUUUUGUUAUCUCUCUCGUCGGAUAAUGUUGAAUUCCCUUAUCCCGUUUUUUGUCUUUUUGAUUGCUUUGUUUUGUGUUUUGUGUUUUUUGUUUUUACCUGCAGGAGGGCACUGGGAACAUGGGGGAGGGAUUGGGACAGGUCAAGGGGAAAUGUUGAAUGUUAUGAAUGGGGACGAAUCAACACACGCACAGGCACACACAGACACACACAGACACACACAUAAAUCAAAUCAAAUCAAAUCAAAUCACUUUUCAUUACUUUUUUCAAAACACAGCAAGAAAGGGAAGAAAGAAAAAAACAAAACAAAACAAAGCGCACAUAUUUCUGUUUAUUGAAUCAUGUCCACAAUUAAAUUUGUAAGCUGGAACAUAUGUGGAAUUGGGAGUCAGGCAAAACAACUAAAAGUCAUUAAUCAUUUGCUCAAAAUACAAGCUGACAUUUGUCUAUUGCAAGUAACUCAUUUCACUGAUAUUAGAAACACUGUUCUGAAAUCUACACAUUUUCCUCAUAUCUUUACUUCAAAUUACAAUUCAAGACAAAGAGGGGUUGCAAUUAUGAUUAAUAACAAAGUUAAAUUCAAUCACAAUAACACAAUUUCAGAUCCAGAAGGACAAUAUAUUAUUAUUAACAUAUCCAUUGAUAGCAACCCUCUCACAAUGGUUAAUCUUUAUGGCCCUAAUAAUGAUGACCCUUCUUUCUUUCACAGUCUUUUCUCUAUCCUUAAAAACCUACCCAGCUCAGACUUAAUCAUAGGUGGAGAUUUCAAUACAAUACUCGAUCCAACAAUAGAUAAAUCAAACACAACAGGAAAUAUCAGAACACUUAAAUCUACUAUAGUUUUCAAACAGUAUAUGGAGGAUUGGGGGCUAAAUCAUCCUAAUGACAGAGAAUACACCCAUUUUUCAAAAGUACACCAUACAAACUCUAGAAUUGACUUUUUUCUCACUAGCAACUCAUUACAUUCUGAUAUAUUUGAAAUACAAAUCCACCCAAACACAAUCAGUGAUCAAGCACUAGUCUUGGAUAACUGCACACAAAGACAACUUUCAGUACUUCUUCCAGAUGGAGGUUCAACACAUCACUGCUGGAGGAUCAAGAAUUUGACAGUUAUUUUAAGAGAGAGUGGACAUUCUUUAUGGAAAUGAAUGACUCUCCGAAUACCUCGCCAACUCUACUCUGGCAAACCGGGAAAGUUGUUCUAAGAGGUAAAAUAAUUUCAUACUCAUCAUACAAAAAACGAAGACACAAAGUCACAACUAGAAAUGGAAAAGAACAUUAAAGAACUUGAAAACGCUCAUGCAACCAAUCCUACUGAUAACAUUUUUUGCGAACUACAGAAAUACACAAUGGAACUUAACAAUCUGUUUAUUGAAAGACUCAGACUUAAUACAUCUCAAAACAGUAAUAAAUCAACCACAUAUCUGGCAAAUAUGGUUAAACAAUAUAAAGAACAACUAUAACAGUAAUUAAAGACUCAGCAGAGAAGCCAUACCAUAAUCCGAAAGAUAUCAACACUGUAUUUAAGAAUUAUUAUCAAGAUUUAUACACAUCCUCUCACAACCCAAAUGCUUCUGACAUACAUCAAUUCCUCAACAAUAUUAAUUUACAGAACAGAACAAACUAAUUUACUUGAACAACCAUUAACCCCAGCUGAAUUUCAUAACAUACUCAAUAAAAUGGAAAAUAAUAGAGCACCCGGUCCUGAUGGCUUCCCUGCUGAGUUCUAUAAACAUUUCUGGUCCACCAUCUCACCUCUUUUUGUCAGAAUUGCUCAUAACCAACAGUAUACCUCCAACGAUAGAUACAGCCGUAAUUACCCUGCUUUUAAAACCUGACAAAGAUCCUACUCACCUAUCUAGUUACCAACCUCUCUCACUAAUUAACACAGACAUUAAAAUCAUAAGCAACGCACUGUCAAAUAGAAUUGAAAAAGUCAUUCUGUUCAUAAUACAUCCGGACCAAACCGGAUUUAUCAAAGGAAGGCAGUCAUCUUAUAACACACGGAAAUUAUUUAACCUAAUGCAGCUCUCAAACAAUAAGAAAACCGAAACCAUAAUCCUCUCAUUAGAUGCACAAAAAGCAUUUGAUAGAGUCCUUCCUAUUCACAACAUUACAAAAAUUUGGAUUUGGAGAGUCAUUCAUUAACUGGAUUAAGGCACUAUACACCUCACCGACAGCCACUAUCACAACUAAUGGGUUAACUUCACAACAAUUCACGCUUCACAACGGCACUAGACAAGGAUGUCCACUCUCUCCGUCACUUUUUGCAAUUUUAUUGGAGCCACUUGCAGCUAGCAUACGACGAAACAAUAACAUCAAAGGUAUCAGAUCAAUAUCCACAGAGCACAAAACAAUCCUCUAUGCAGACGAUGUGUUGAUCCUCCUCCAGGAACCCUACUCAUCACUACAAGAAUGUCUGUCAGUCAUUAAAUCAUUCUCAUCUCUAUCCAACUACUCCAUCAACUUAUCAAAAUCUACCAUUCUGCCCCUCUGCAUGGACCAAAGGGAUGUGGCAGGCCUCACCUCACAGUUUCACCUUCCCAUAGGAAAUAUUAAAUAUUUAGGAAUCCACAUAUCCCCAAGCUGUCAGAGCUGUUCAAUCUAAAUUACACACCAUUACUCAAAUCAAUAUAAAAUGACUUCAGUUGCUGGACAAAUCUACCAAUCUCACUGUCAGAAAGAAUCUCAACAAUAAAAAUGUCAGUCCUCCCUAAAAUUAAUUACCUAUUCACCAUGAUCCCUUCACUUCCAAAUUUACCCUGGCUCAACUCCCUCAAUACAGCAAUAUCUCAAUUCUAUUGGAAAAAUAAAACACCUCGUAUAAAACUAUCAACACUACAAAAACCCAAGUUUCAAGGAGGACUAGAUGCACCCAAGUUUGAAUUAUAUCACUUGUCAAGUCAGUUAAAAUACCUAAAACAAUGGCUUACCCCUUCACAUCAUGAUUCUCACUGGUUAGAAACUGAACAGGCACUAUGCAAGAAUAUAAACCUUUCAGGUCUCCCAUUCAUCCAAUCAAAGGCUCCACGGUUGCACCAUCCACUCGCUCACCAAUUUGGAACAACCCAGAUUUUACAAUAAACAGGAAACCGUUAAACUUCACAUCAUGGAAACACGAAGGUAUCACACAUCUCCACCAUGUUGUACAGGAUUCCAAAAUCAUCAGUUUUCAAGAAUUAAUCCAUAAGUUUGACAUUUGUAACAGUCAAUAUCUCCAAUACUUACAGCUUAAGUCCACCAUUCUCCCCAAAAUCAACAGUACAUUUAACACGCAAGAUCAAACAAUUAUUAUAGAUGAAUUUUCAAAGAUUUCCAGCUCUGUUAAAUUACUCUCAAUGAUAUAUACAUUUCUAAACACUACUGACACUUUAAUUUUUCUCCCAACCUCAAAGUGGGAACAGGAUCUUUCCAUCACUCCAAAUGCAGAUUUCUGGUCUCAGAUAUGCAAAAAUAACUUCACUCACUGCAAAAUCCCAAAUUUACAACUCAUUCAAUUUAAGGUUAACCACAGAACACACUACACAGGUGAGAGAUUACAUAAAAUGGGUUUCACUACAUCAGUUCAAUGCACUUAUUGUACACAGCACACCACAGACAAUUACAUGCAUGCUGUCUGGCACUGUACACCAAUUAGACAAUUUUGGAUACAGGUCACAGAUCACCUAUCACAUAUACUAGGCUGCCACAUCCCCCUAUCCCCUCAACUCUGCAUCUUAGGAGACAUAUCAUCUGUACAAUUACAUAAUCACAUUAAAACUACACUGUUCACAGCCCUAGUUGUCGUCAAGAAAACAAUCCUCCUAAACUGGAAAACAAGAAAUCAACUGAACAUCACACACUGGAAGAAUCUGUUAAUAGAUCAAACCACAAUAGAAAAAAUGUCUGCAUCAAUUAAUCAAGCAUACCCCGUUUCAACAAAACUUGGUCCACAUUUAUUCAAAAAUCCACCUCUACAAAUGCCUGAUCUCAAUUCCACAGAAUCUUGCAACACACCUCGUUUUUUGUUUUGUUUUGUUUUCUUCUUUUUUUCUCUCUUUUUUCCUCUUAUUUAUUCUAUUAUUAUUAUUAUUAUUAUUUAUUUUUAUUUAUUUUUUUAUUCUUUCUUUGCUGCUGUUGUUAUUAAUAUCAUAAUUAUCACUGAAAUAUCCACACAUACAAGCACUUAUAAAUACAGAUUACACACAUACUUACACUCACACACUCACACACACAUACACAUGUGCAGCAUAUACACAAAAAUCCCCAAUUAGUUAGGCUACCUCCUUGUCUAUCCAUUUGUCUGUCCAUCUCGUCAUCUGUCUGUUUGUCUGUCUGUCUGUCUGCUGGUCUGUUUGUCAGUAUAUAAGGCCACACAAUAACCCUCCUCCUACUUGUUUACCAUCAAAGAUCAAUGUUAACAACACAAGGUGUAUUAUUAUGUAAAUAUUGACUUUCUGUUUGAUUAUUUACCUUACUUGUUCCUUAUGUUGUUUAACUUUUUUUAGUUCUGUAAAUAAAAAUAAAGUUGUCUUCCAAAAGUGGGGGGGUGGUGGUGGGCCAAAAAAAAAAAAAAAAAAAAUCUUUAUUUUAAUGCUCAGCGUUUAAACGACCCACUGAUAACAAAGACCAAAGAAAACAGAUCAGGUGAGCAAUUAAAUAUGAUUCGGAACUCAGUUUUCAGAUUAUUUUGAUACUACAUGAACACAGCAAAAGGUGGUCAGUGAAAUUUCUGUGACUUCCUACUGAGCUUACAUAGCCUACUUACAUAAAUGUGGGAUGCUGAAUCAGUGUGUUAAAAUGAGUAUUUUAUCUUCAUUAGUGUAAAAUUAGAUAUGAUUACAGGUAAUCUGUUGAGAAGUUUUGUGGGGCGGGCAGCACUAGCUGUCGUAUAUGCAUGUAGCCUACUAAAAAGUCUCAGUGUCACUGAGAAACUGACACAAUAUUUUACAAAAAGUACAAAACUCAAAAGAUUUAACAAAUUUAUAUGUAUCAAUUCAACAGAAGUGAUACUAUAUAAAUAACAAUAAACCCCCCUUCCUCUGAUGU